AUGCUGACUUUUUCUAACUUUGAUUUGUCCUCCGAAUUGCCUGCCUGGAAGGAAUUGGAGCAGACCUACGAGUCCGUAGGUAAGACCUUGAAGGUCAAAGAUGAGUUUGCUAAUGACAAGGAAAGAUUCCAAAAGUUCUCCGAGGUGUUUGAGAACUACGACAACUCCGAGGUAUUGUUUGACUUUUCCAAGAACAUCAUCAAUGACAAGAUCAAAGCUGAAUUGAUCAAAUUGGCCAAGGAGUCCGGCGUGGAGAAGUUGAGAGACGCCAUGUUUGACGGAGCAAAGAUCAACGAGACCGAGGGCAGAGCCGUGUAUCACGUUGCAUUGAGAAACAGAGACUUGAAGCCUAUGAAGGUAGACGGUGAAGAUACUGCCAAAGAGGUAGACGAUGUGCUUCAGCAUAUGAAGGAGUUCUCCGAUGAUGUCAGAUCCGGCAAAUGGACCGGUUACACUGGCAAGCAGAUCACCGACGUUGUCAACAUUGGAAUUGGUGGUUCGGACUUGGGUCCUGUGAUGGUCACCGAGGCAUUGAAGGCAUACUCGCAACCUGGCCUCAAUGUUCACUUUGUCUCCAACAUCGACGGUACUCACUUGGCCGAGACCUUGAAGGGCUUGAAUCAGGAGACUACCUUGUUCUUGGUGGCCUCUAAGACUUUCACCACUGCUGAAACUACCACUAACGCUAACUCUGCCAAGUCUUGGUUCUUAGAAGGUGCCAAGGACACUGCUCACAUUGCUAAGCACUUCGCUGCCUUGUCUACCAACGCCGAGGAGGUGGCCAAGUUCGGAAUCGACACCAAGAACAUGUUUGGCUUUGAGUCGUGGGUUGGUGGUCGUUACUCCGUCUGGUCUGCCAUUGGUUUGUCUGUGGCUAUCUACAUUGGAUUCGACAACUUUGAGGCCUUCUUGAAGGGUGCCCAGGCCAUGGACAAGCACUUCACCACCGCUCCAUUGGAGCACAACAUCCCUGUCAUUGGUGGUUUGUUGUCUGUGUGGUACAACAACUUCUUCGGUGCCCAGACUCACUUGGUGGCUCCAUUUGAUCAGUACUUGCACCGUUUCCCUGCUUACCUCCAACAAUUGUCCAUGGAGUCCAACGGUAAGUCUGUCACUCGUGGUAACCACUUCACUAACUACCAAACUGGUACCAUUUUGUUUGGUGAGCCAGCCACCAAUGCCCAGCACUCGUUCUUCCAGUUGGUGCACCAAGGUACCAAGUUGAUUCCAGCUGAUUUUAUCCUUGCUGCUCAGUCCCACAACCCAAUCGAGAACAACUUGCACCAGAGAAUGUUGGCUUCCAACUUCUUUGCUCAGGCUGAAGCUUUGAUGGUUGGAAAGGACGAAGCCCAGGUUGAGAAGGAAGGUGCCACCGGAGGUUUGGUUCCUCACAAGGUCUUUUCGGGUAACAGACCAACCACAUCCAUCUUGGCUCAGAAGAUUACUCCUGCUACUUUGGGUGCCUUGAUUGCUUACUACGAACACGUCACUUUCGUGGAGGGUGCAGUGUGGAACAUCAACUCCUUUGACCAGUGGGGUGUUGAGUUGGGUAAGGUUUUGGCCAAGGUUAUUGGUAAGGAGUUGGACGACUCCAAGGAUGUGGAAGCACAUGACCCAUCGACCAACGGUUUGAUUAACCAGUUCAAGAAAUGGAGCAACUGA